AUGGGGAGUAGCGAAGCAUCGGGCACAACUAGCGACUCUGAAGAUGUCGACAGUUUAGACAAGCUGCGCUGGUGGCAGAAAGCAAGCAUAUACCAGGUGCUCAUCCAGAGCUUCCAAGACACAAACGGAGAUGGCAAGGGGGACCUUCGCGGAAUCGUGGAGCGGCUCGAUUAUUUCGUCGCACUGGGUGUCGAUGUCAUAUGGAUCUCUCCAAUCUAUGAAUCGCCCAUGCGUGAUAUGGGGUAUGAUAUUAGUGAUUAUCGCAAAGUCAACUCUAUUUUCGGCACGAUGGAAGACAUGGAGUUGUUGGUCCACGAAACACAUUACCGUGGUCUGAAGAUCAUUCUCGAUAUCGCCUUGAAUCACACUGCGGACACGCACGAAUGGUUCCAAACCUCCAGGCGUGCUCGCAAGAACCCUCAUCUCGGAAAGCGAGAUUGGUAUUUCUGGAGCCCAGGAAAGCUGGACGAACAAGGGAAGCAGAUCCCGCCAAAUAACUGGGAGAGCACUUUCGCCGGAUCAACAUGGGAGUUUGACGAAGAAGCCGGCGAGUUCUAUUUGCACAUAUUCGGGAAAAGCCAACCCGAUCUGAACUGGGACUGUGAAGAAGUUCGACAAGAGCUAUACAGUGUACUAAGAUUCUGGCUGGACAAAGGAGUUGACGGUUUCCGGCUGGACACGAUGAAUCUCGUGUCUAAAACUUCUGAAUUCCCCGAUGCUCCAAUCUCCAAGUGCGGGAGUACGUGGCAGCCAGCCAAUUAUCUAUUUGCCAACGGACCACACAUCCAUGAAUAUCUGCAAGAAAUGUACGAGCAGGUUUUCGCACACUAUGAUGCCGUGACAUUGGCCGAAAUGUCUUGUGGAGUCACCCCACGCCAAGCAGUCCAGUAUACGUCGAAGUACAAGCCUCGGCCGGAACUCAACCUCAUAAUCCAAUUUCAGCAUGUCGAGCUGGAUUGCCACGAUGGAGACAAAUGGAUGCUUCGGGAAUGGGAACUCCCAGAAUUGAAACGGGUCAUAGCGGAGUGGCAAGAGACUUUGGUCAACAACGGUGGCUGGAACACGGUCUGGAUGGAGAACCAUGAUCAGCCGAGAGGCAUCUCUCGGUUCACCACCAAUAGUCCGCGCUUCCGGGCGCUGUGUGCUAAAAUGUUGGCUCUAUGGCAGUUCACGCUGCAGGGAACGAACCUCAUAUUUCAAGGUCAAGAGCUGGGAAUGGUCAAUCCCGGUACCUUUUCGGAGGACAUGAAUCAGGAUAUCGAAACAAUUCAAUAUUGGAAUGAGGCAUGUGAACAUGCGGGUUCAGGUGAGGCCGACAAAUUGGAGCUUGCAAAGAAAGCAAUCAUCCAGAAAGGCCGAGACAAUACCCGUAUCCCGUUUCCUUGGACAGACGAUCCGCACGGCGGGUUCUGUGAGCCAGCUGCGAAGCCAUGGAUUCCAGCCGUCAAUCACGAGAGCGAAUGGUGUGGGAGCCAUCAGCAGCGCUGUCCCGAAUCAGUGUGGUCCUUCUACCGGUCCAUGAUCACACUGCGCAAAUCCAAUCCAACUCUAUACCAUGGGUCCUUCGAAGCCCUAGACCUCGAUAAUCCCCUCAUCUGGGCCUACAAGCGGCAAUCCAAGCAUGCAUGCUACCUGACGGUGCUCAACUUCAGUCCCGGCGCAACUUCGUGGAGCUAUGUGGACCACGGUGUGGACUUGUCGCUUCCUAAGAUGCUCAUCUCGAAUCACCAGACGUGUGAGACAAAUUCGACCCCGGAUAUCAUUCUACUGCGGCCAUUUGAAGGGCGGCUGUACCAGCUUAGUUGUGACUCGCAGUAG